CUUGUAUCCGUGUUUGAUCAGUACUUGAUGGAUACGCUUGUGGCCCAGACAUCAAGCCGGACGAAUAAUUCUGAAGGAAGAGGUGGCAAGUUUGAUAGCGCUGGAUCGCCGCUCAAUGUGGGUAUAGAGGAAACCAUACGUCGGGGGAAAGCAAGUGGGAUGUUUGUCUCUGGAUGGGAGCAAGAUGAUGACGGAGUUGGCGAAAAAGACAUGAACAGUGUUGUUGAACAGUUGCUUACGGCUGCUGAAAAUGAUGACGUUGAAACUAUGAAGGUUCUUCUCGCAAGAGAUCCGAGUUUAAUUAAAGCUCGAGAUGUGGAUGGAUAUACAGCUUUACACCGCGCUGCCUAUAAUAAUAACAUUGAAAGUGUAAAAUUUCUCCUUUUAUCAGGCGCGGAUUUCGAGGCAUGUACUGAGGAUGGUUGGACCCCUUUACACAGCGCUGCCCAUUGGGCAUGUUAUGAAACUAUAGGUGUAUUACUUUCUCAUGGGGUAAACGUUAACUGUCGUACAAAAGGAAAUCUUACUCCUCUUCAUCUAGCAAUCUCUUCACAGGAGGAUGGCGAAAGGGUUUUUCAUACAGUACGGUAUCUUUUGGAGGCUCCAGGCAUUGACCCUUCUGUUUUGUCAAAUGCAGGAGAUUCUCCAGUCAUGUUAGCACGUCGGGCAGCUCCAAGGAUUUAUGAAAUUGUCAAUAAUUAUUUAAAAAGGCUGGGGGUGAUUGCGGGUGUUGUCGCACUUGUGCUGAUUUAUGUUUGCCCUGCGACAUAUGGUGAAGGUCGAUGUGGUAAUGAAAAAGUGAUCGCUGCGGUGGUUGUUGCAGAAUUAGCUGCAAAUUUCUAUUGUUUUUUAAAGUAUAGCAGGCAAAAUGAUCCACAGCGCUGGAUACGCAAAGCUACCCUUGACACACCCCUGGAAAGUGGCCUUUCUCAAUCAAAGUACUGCAUGGAAUGUAACAGGAAUGCUCCGAAGCGGAGCCAUCAUUGUCCUUUGUGUAAUAUGUGUGUUCUAAGAAAGGACCAUCAUUGUUUCAUGACUGGUGCAUGUGUGGGGAUCGCAAACCAGCGAUACUUUAUUGUAUUUGUGUUGUGGGCUGGAUUAGGUGCUGGGAUUGGAGCUUAUUACUUGCUAAUGUAUUUGGUAAAAUAUGUGGAACCUGAGUGGUAUCCUUUUGGUUUCGUCAAAUUCAUUGCUCCUGUGGCUGUAUUUCGAUGGAUUUACGGCGUAGACUCUUUGGUAAACACAGGGAUAUGCAUACUUUUUAGCAUGGCUGCCGCAUCAUCUAUCAUAGCGCUGAUAUUUUUUGGAACUCAAAUGUACUUUACUUUGAUGGGAUACACUGCUUAUGAUUAUAAUACUUUGAGUCGCUACUGCGAACUAGAAAGUGAUGGCGAGACAUUUAAAGAAAGGCUGAACUUAGUUUUUGGGGCUUAUUGGCCGUUAAACUUUAUCUUUCCGCAAGUUUGGUUCAAAAAUGUUUUGACUCCUGAAAUAGCAAGAAAUAUUUUUAUUUCUCGCGCUAAGGAUCUCUAA